AUGCCCUACUUUGAAAAACGAAAGCUCACGCGCCGCGCCAUAAAUUUCCUUUUCCUGGGCUUCUCCCUCCCGCCGAUACUGGAUGUCAGCUCGGGACUCUCCGAAUACCUCAAAUCCCUCAACGCUCUCCUACUCGAGUUCGAAUCCUUCCAACAGAUCCAUUCCGUGGAUGGGGGACCUGCUGCAACUCUGGCCCGUGCAAGGCUGCCGCACAUGUUCAAGCGGUCAGGCCAGUCCACCAAGGUGAGACGGACAAGCUCAGCUACCGAGAUUGGUCUGCCCAUGCAAUCUGGAGGAGUAGAUCACCACUCUGAACUUAAGCCCAUGGGCAACAUGGCCUCCGCAGGCGGCACCUCUGCAGUCUCCACGUUCCCGUCUAACUCUGAGUCACAGGAUCUACUCCCUGGUGAAGAAUACACAUUCCUCCUUACGCCUUCGUUACCGUUUGACCCGGACUACUUUGAGAUAUUCGCCACUCUAUGCGACGUGCUUAUCGACUGCUAUUCGAGGCUGGUCUCCCUUGUUUCUCACCCUAGCCUUUGCAAUGCUGCUAUGGGCGAACUCUUUACCAAGGCUGACGCAAAGCUACGGAAAGUGAUCGUAAGUGGUAUUGUCAGAGAGUUUGAAGACGCCAGCCGGGCCAGCGCGAAGAGCGAGGUCGCUGGAGUUGGACGUAUGGUUUUAGGUGGACUCCUGGGUUAA